AUGAAGUAUGAUCUCAUUUCUUCCUUCCAUUCCCCACCAUCACACAGCCGAAGAAGAGGAGCAGAGCAGAGCUGUGGAAGAAGGACGAUGGUUGGAGGAGGUCUAACAUACGCGGUCAGUGUUGCUGUCCUAACCUACGCACUCACCUUCUCGGCAACCCUCCGUGCAAGCCCACGGGACCCAAAUAUAUAUCAAGUCACGGAGAAUCCCAUUCCCGCCCACAGAAAAUUCAUCCCAAACAACCACCUUCUCGGCACCGCCUCAGAGCUUCGCUUCAAGUCCUUCAUGGAGAAGUAUGGGAAAACUUACUCUACUACAGAGGAGUACGUGCACCGUCUCGGGAUCUUCGCCGGGAACCUCAUAAGAGCCGCCGAGCACCAGGCCCUUGAUCCCACGGCGGUCCACGGCGUCACCCAGUUUUCCGAUCUCUCAGAGGAGGAGUUUGAGACCAUGUUUAUGGGUGUGAAAGGUGGCGAUGGUGGUGGAGGGACUCAGUUGAGUGGUAUUACGAUUAAGGCCGCGGCGAUGGAGGUCCGUGGGUUGCCAGAAAGUUUUGAUUGGAGAGAGAGAGGCGCUGUUAGUGAGGUGAAGAUGCAGGUCAGCACUGUUACUGUGCACCUUUUUGGUUACACAUUAUCGUGUUAUGUGUAG